CGAAAUGUCGUCAGUCCUCUUCCCUAAUCAGCCGGUUCUCGCGAUCGUUUAUUAAAAACCUGCUUAUAUUCAGUGGAGAAAUGGCAGAAGCUUCCCUUCGGCCCUGCCGGUUUUUCUGCCACCGAUGUUCAGCAGAGAUAAGCCCGCGUUUACCGGACUUUACCUGUCCACGCUGUGACUCUGGAUUCAUUGAGGAAUUGCCAGAUGAAAGAAGAAGUGAAGAUAGCACUCCAUCUACAUCCUCCGCAAGUGAACAGACACAAACACCCUUUCAGACAACCACGAAUCACCAGCACUUGUUCACCUUUCCUUCCGGGUACAGUCCAUUCACUCUGGGAAUUUUCAAUGAAAACUUUGAACUCAGAAGUUGGCUACCCACAGAAGAUAACAGAGAGACAGAAAUUCCGCGAGAGCAAGAAAACGAUUCGCAGCAGCAACAACAGGGUCGACACGCGGCUCAACGACAGCGUACGCGUCAUGAAGGAGUUCCCACAUUAGAAGGAAUUAUCCAACAGCUCGUUAAUGGGAUCAUAGCACCAACAGCUAUGCCAAAUAUUGGAAUGGGACCAUGGGGUGUGCUUCAUUCAAACCCAAUGGACUAUGCCUGGGGAGCAAAUGGAUUGGAUGCCAUCAUAACACAGCUACUCAACCAGUUUGAAAACACGGGUCCUCCUCCAGCGGAUAGAGAAAGGAUCAAGAGCUUGCCCACAGUCUCCAUCACAGAAGAACACGUGGCUGCUGGUUUAGAGUGUCCCGUGUGCAAAGAAGACUACGGCGUGGACGAGAGCGUCAGACAGCUGCCGUGCAAUCAUUUGUUUCACAAUGACUGUAUCGUACCUUGGCUUGAACAGCAUGAUACUUGCCCCGUGUGUAGGAAGAGUCUUAAUGGCCAGAACACAGCGACAAACCCGCCGGGUUUAUCAGGGAUGAACUUUUCUCCCACCUCAUCAUCUUCUUCCUCCUCCUCCAACUCACUUAGCAAUGAAAAUGCUUCUGGAAACUCAUAGUCUCCCCGUCACCGUCAUAUUCUGGAAACCUCGCGCUCUCAAGGAGUCUUCUACAGCGGACACAAACACGGCUGUUAGUCUUAAUUCUUACGGACAAGUAAGUUGAGAUGAAUUUGUCUCCGACUUCAUCUUAGUCAUCAUUCCUCCACUUGUGCUGACUGGUUGCCGGAUGCUGCUCGUUCUGCUGCUGCAGUAAUUGAGGACAUUCUCCUUGGAGCUUCCGCUGGAGGAUCCCGUGGGUACUGAAACGAUAGGAAAAGUAGGAUCUGCCUCAAGGAUGGGGACACAUUUUUCUAUUUCAGAGUCAAAAUAAAAAUAGUCUUUUUAAAUGUUGCCUGUGGUGGUGCAGAUGUGUAUCAAGUUAUCUGAAUAACGCUGAGCCAAUUACAGCCAGUGGAUCAAUUUAUGCGACUGCUUCUGACUAUUUGUCUUUAUUUGCACAUUUAUUUUGGUUUUUAAUUUGCACAAUGUGUCGUAUUUUAAUGAGACAUCAUCUGAACUCUUGUUCUUUUUUAAUGGCAUUUCAUUAUUUUAAUGUUUCUAAAUUGUGUGUGUGUGGAGGGGGGUGCAAUUUGGGAAGUGUUUGAAUUUAGGCAGUAUUUUUUAUUGAGUGAACAUAGAAAAAAAUUACAAAUCUUAUUUAAUAAUCCUAUGCCACCAGUACUACGGCAUAUAUAAAAAAAAUCAUAUCUCUGUGAAACUGGCUGAAAGUGUCAAUGAACUGUAGUGUUUUAUUUCCUGAUUUAAUGUUGUAUUUUUACAGUCACAAUAAAGUCCUUCGGAAAUUGU